CUCUCCACAUGAUCGGAUUCGUGUACUACAGAAGCACCCGUCGCACUUGCCUGGUGACUAGGGAUGGAAGAGGAUUGGAGGGGUGGGAUGGUCGUUCUCUCCGCGAAAUCGCUGCCCUUGGGCUUCCGGUUCCGUCCGACGGACGUGGAGCUGGUGAAUCACUACCUCAAGGGCAAAAUUAGCGGCAGGAUCAAGUCGGAGGUCGAGGUCAUCCCCGAGAUAGAUGUCUGCAAAUACGAGCCGUGUGAUCUUCCCGGUGAUCUUCCAUUCCCCCGCCCUCAAUUCGUGUCUUGCUGCGGAAGCUUUACCUUUGUUUGCGUCUGUGAUAAAUCAUUGACCAAAUCAGUCGAUUCGGAGUGGUUCUUCUUCGCACCGAAGGACAAGAAGUAUCCGAACAGCAACCGUUCCAACCGGGCUACUGAGGCUGGGUAUUGGAAACCCACGGGGAAGGAUCGGAUGAUCAAGUCCGGGUCAGCUUGUCCUGCAAUUAUAGGCAUGAAGAAGACCCUUGUCUUCCACCUUGGCCGUGCUCCCAAGGGCGUUCGCACUAACUGGAUCAUGCACGAGUAUCGCACACUUGAGUCUGAGUCUGUCUCUGGUGAGCAGGGUGGCUUUGUUCUCUGUCGUUUAUUCAGGAAGCCUGAAGAGAAGACCCCAAUUUUUUAUAAUGAUGAUUUCACCCAAAGAAAUGUUGAUGAGAUGGAGAGUAGUGGCUUGUUUGCUCCAGCAACACCUUCACCAGGAGAGACACUCCAUGGAGUAGAGGCUACAGAGGAAGUUGUGACACCAUUGAACCAAAAAAAUUUGGGAUCUGAUUUGCAAGAGAUUUUACAGCCUUUGCCUCUGAAAACUAAUGUGCAACCAUCAGGUGUUAAUGGGCUGGCAGCAGAUAAGACUGAUAUCACGAGAAGCUAUCCUUUAAAGCCAGAAGAGUCUCAUUGCAAUGACACUAUUGUUUCGGAUGCCGCUAAUCAUGGAACUGUUUUGGGAUCUGAGGAUGCUUUUCUGGAUUAUUUAGCACAAUACUUUGGCCCAGAGUAUGACACGCUUGGCCCUGAUGAUUACCGUCUGAGUUCCACGGUACUAUCUUUUACGGGGAACUCAUUUGAUGCUCUUCAUCAUGAAUGUCUGCAGGAGCUUAGUCAAUUUGACAACAUUGGACAGGAUUCUGUCACUGAGUUUUUAAAUGCAAUGCUUUGUGAUCCAGAGGAAUGUUCCCCUGAGGUAUCAAAUGCCCCAAGAGGUUUCCUAACUGAGUUUGAACCAGAUAAUCAGAUCUGUGUGACCAGGAAUGAUUCCCCCUGGGAUUCACCACUCUGAUAAAGAAACUGAAGCUACUGUUUUUGAGGUACCUUAGAGGAACAUGGUGUUUUCUGGAGGAACCAACAGUCUGCCCAUUUGUUCAAGCAAUUCUUUGCGGAAGAACAGUUAUAUUGUUCCUACGAGACAAGACAUGAGUCAGUUUUCUGUGUUUUCCAAUCAGAAUUCGAGCCUAAAUGUUUGCUCAAUGGUCUCUGCUGCAACGAAUCAAGAAAAAACCAAUAUGGGUAACUCUGACAGAGCUGGAAUCCAUAUCGAAGCUUGCAAGAAUUUGUCAGGCUCUGAUAACUUGAUUGAACAGCCAGGCUUGUCAAGGAACCCGUUUACAAAAGCUCAUUCACGAUGGCUCUGUCCCCAGAACUGAUCAUGCAGUAAGCAGUACGAUUGAUGAUAUGGUCAAAACAGUGGUCCCUGACUGAGGUUAGAAAACAUUCAUUCGGAGCACCAAUUUGAUGAAAAAAAAUCAGCUUCUGAUCUUACUGCCAGUAUCAGUACUGAGGACAUCCCUUCUCGUGAUAAUACAAAUUCUACUGAGAUAAGGUCCUCUUCUCCUGAGAUCUAAGAUUCCAAACCCGAGUUGAUGUUGAGAACAAGAUGGAGACAUAAGAAUGAGGAUAAAAUCAGCAGCCAGUCUACGGAUGCAAUGGCAAUUAGAGCUAGACAUACUCGACUAUUACAAUCACAUUGAUUCUAUCAGCAGUACUUCUUUUAUUAUUCCUUGGAUUACAAUCAGGUGCCUGAGCUCCUGAGAACAGAAUCAACUCUUGGUCUUUGCAAAAUUUUCAGUCUUGGAACAUGUAAAGUUUACAGCUCCGCAACAGAGCGUUCAGCAGCCCAUCCAGGGAGCUACUUUGAAGCUAUUUCUGGCUGUGAAGGAUGAAGGUAUCUGACCAAAUGAAAAGAAGCAGAGACUCUGUAGAGACACAUCAGAGGUGGCUUCUUGGUACUGAUGUCGAAGCACUCGACUCUCCGAGGUGUGCUCUACUACACAGUAGUUAAUAAUUCUGCAUGGGUUUACUUUAACCACCUGCACUGCACACUACCUUAUGGUGAUGGCACAUUUGAUGGUUGUAUCAUCUUGUACCAUGGUGUUGUAUCGCCUCCCAGACCUGUUAUGUUAAUAGUCUAGAAUGGAUAGGGCAGAAACAGGCAGAUCCACUUGCUUUGUUUUUUUAGUCCGGCCCAUAAGUGGGAUUGUACCGGAUAAUAAGGGCAUUGAGCUUAAAUCUAAUCAAUUAUUAAAAAAAAAAAGAUUCGCGCGCAGCGUGAGAAUUGGGCGGCUAAGUUUCAUCGACUUUGACUUAAAUUUUUUUUUAUGUGAAGAAUUUUUGUAAUAA